AUGGGUCUAGUUUUUUGGUUAUGGAGGCUAACUCUUGUCUCUCUUGCUGCCAUUCUCUUGUCUCCUCCUAAACACUGUGCAUCUCAAAAAGGUAGAAAAUAUCCAUUUAUGCAAAAUGCUGCAUCAGCACCAAGUGUAUCAUACUAUGAUUACAUCAUAGUUGGUGGAGGAACUGCAGGGUGUCCUUUAGCUGCGACACUGUCCCAAAACCAUACUGUUUUGUUGCUUGAACGUGGUGGAUCACCUUAUGGAAACCCUAAUAUAACAAAUUUAAGUGCCUUUGGUGUUCCACUUGCUGAUACAUCUCCUUCCUCUCCUGCUCAACGGUUUGUUUCUGAAGAUGGCGUUAUCAACUCAAGAGCUCGUGUUCUCGGCGGUGGAUCAUGUUUGAAUGCAGGUUUCUAUACUCGAGCAAGUCCUCAGUACGUAAGAGAAGUUGGUUGGGAUGGAAAACUAGUGAAUGAGUCAUACAGAUGGGUGGAGAGAGUGGUGGCGUUUCAACCUCGUAUGCGACAAUGGCAAUCGGCGGUAAGGGAUGGAUUGUUGGAAAUAGGGGUGUUGCCCUACAAUGGUUUUACUUAUGAUCAUCUUUAUGGGACUAAGGUUGGAGGUUCAAUUUUUGACCAAAAUGGUCAUAGACAUACUGCAGCUGAUCUUCUGGAAUAUGCCAACACAAACACAUUUACUCUUGUUUUGCAUGCCGUUGUUCAUAGGAUCUUGUUUACAACUAAAAAAGGUGGAUCAAAUUCAAGGCCAGUUGCACAUGGAGUUGUAUUCAAAGAUGAUCAUGGAAGAGAACACAGGGCAUACUUGAAACAUGGGAGUAGAAAUGAGAUCAUAGUGUCAGCUGGAGCACUAGGUAGCCCACAACUUCUAAUGUUGAGUGGAAUUGGAGCAGCGCAUCAUCUUAGGGAACACAACAUCAGUUUAGUAUUGGAUCAACCUUUGGUAGGACAAGGAAUGUCUGAUAACCCAAUGAACGCAAUUUUUGUCCCGUCUCCUGCUCCCGUGGAGGUCUCCCUCAUUGAAGUCGUUGGCAUUACCAACUUUGGAAGCUACAUUGAAGCUGCUAGCGGUGAAAACUUCAACCGCCGUUCUCGAAGAGACUUCGGAAUGUUUUCUCCUAAGAUUGGGCAAUUUUCGAAGUUGCCACCAAAGCAAAGGACCCCAGAGGCUAUAGCAAAAGCAAUAGAGAGAAUGGAGAGCCUAGACCAAGAUGCUUUCAAAGGUGGAUUCUUUCUAGAAAAAAUAAUGGGACCAAUUUCAAGAGGUCAUUUGGAGCUUCAAAACACUGAUCCAAAUGAGAACCCUAUAGUAACCUUUAACUACUUCCAAGAUCCAAGAGACUUAGAAAUGUGCAUACAAGGAAUCACCACCAUUGAGAGAAUAAUAGACUCAAAGGCUUUUUCACCAUUUAAGUACAAUAACAUGCCGGUUUCUAUGUUGCUUAACAUGACAGCGAAUUCGCCCGUAAAUUUAUUGCCUAAACACACAAAUACUUCAAUGUCCUUGGCACAGUUUUGUAGAGACACUGUCAUGACUAUAUGGCAUUAUCAUGGUGGAUGCCAAGUUGGAAGGGUUGUUGAUAGUGAUUUUAAAGUUCUUGGUGUCGACGCGUUGCGCGUGAUAGACGGUUCUACGUUUAAUUAUUCUCCUGGAACUAAUCCUCAAGCAACUGUUAUGAUGCUUGGAAGGUAUAUGGGAGUCAAAAUAUUGAGAGAGAGACUUGUUGCUCAUGAAACCAAAUAA